AUGAACAUUUAUGUACAACGAGAUGAUGUUACUCUGGCUGAAAUCCAUCGGUUUCUUGUCUAUAUUGAAACCAAUGACACUGUGGAGCACUCACCCGGAGAAGAAAAUGCAAAGAAUGGAAACCUUCAGCCAACAUCUUCAUCUCUUUUAGGUCUUCGUAGUGGCACGUCGGACCCCGACUCGAACAAGAAACCCGACAAAGAGAAUAAGCCUUCCAUUUCAAGCUCCGUUCAUUCUUCCUUAAAGUCUUCUUCCCUAGCCCCGGAACGAUAUUCUGCUUUACCAAGUACCGCUCAUCAAUUAUCUAGUGGAUCCGAAGACGGGAAUCGUACAACCCAGCCUAGUGAUCUGUCACCAUCAAAGAUUGCAACCAAUACCAAAAGCAUGCAACAAAGCACUCCUAUAUCCGAAAAUGAAAUACCAUACUCCGUUCGUAGCUCUUCUACCACUGAUCAUACAGUUCCUCUGAGCCGAUCCCCCGCUUCAGUUAUCUGGGUACAACCAUCCUCUAGUUUCUGGGUCUGUAUUCCUUAUGCGUGCUACUCCAAUAAAAACCCGAUACACAUUGAAGUUGCUAGUCAGGCCAUUUUUAGAGAUUGCCGUGUUAGUUUUGAAUUAGCCAUUGCAUCCACACAGCAAUCCAUUCGUGCUAUGUCGGCUGCCGAUGUGGAUACCUUGCAUGCGUUCCCAUCGCUUCAUAUUGAACACACCAGUCCUUCUGGUUUAUGGAAAAUACCUCCCGUUUCUUUUCACGCAGAAAAGUCGCAUUUGGUAGUCUUAACUCACGGAAUGCACUCUAACAUUGGUGCCGACAUGGAAUAUUUGAAAGAGCAGAUUAUAAAAGCCGCUGAGGAGAAGGGUGAACUUGUAGUCGUACGAGGAUACAGAGGGAAUUACUGUCAAACAGAGAAAGGUAUCCGAUGGCUUGGGAAAAGACUCGCUGAAUGGCUCCUCGAAAUACUUGGUUGGGGAACAAAUUCUUUUCCUAGGUAUUCUCAUAUUUCUUUUAUCGGGCAUUCCUUGGGAGGUCUAGUUCAAACGUAUGCAGCAGGAUAUGUACAUGCUAAAACAAAGGGUCGCUUUUUCCAAGCCGUUCAUCCUGUUCAUUUCGUCACGUUAGCCACUCCUUGGCUCGGAGUUGCAGCUGAACAUCCAUUUUACGUUGGAAAGGCAUUAUCUUAUGGCAUCAUUGGUCGUACUGGCCAGGAUCUAGCUUUAAUGUCUGGGGCUCAUCCCAUUGAGCGAAGACCAUUUUUAGUCGUGAUGUCUGAUCCCGCUUCUCCUUUUCACCAGGCACUCUCGCUGUUUGAACAUCGAACACUUUUUGCCAAUACUACAAAUGACUACAUUGUUCCAUAUGGUACCAGUGCUAUGAAACCUAAUUCCUUGGGUCAAUUGGAUGAAGCUAUAGAAAAUCGAAAGAACACGUUGUCUGGUUGGUCGCAUGAUCAUCUGGAUAUCCCUUCUGCCAACAAACCUGCGGGCGCUAUGCAGUAUCCUAACACUACUUCUGAAGGACAUCACCAUUCUGGAGAUAUCCCUGCUUCCGAAGAUUCGUCGAAAACAAAGAGCUCUUCAUUUUCAAAUGCUUUUAAAGCAUUAGCAGGACUAUUUAGUACACCCUCGUCCCAACAUUCCCUCCCUAAUGAUGCAGCUAAUGAAUUAUCAGCUGUUCAGAAUUCAAAAAGCUCAAAGGUAGAAAAUAAGCCAGCAGAAGAUACGAAUGAUUUAACCCCGGCUUAUUCAUAUCCUACAAAAAAAUCUAAAUCCACGAGUACUUUAUCAGGAAUAGCUAACCGUUUAAUUAAUACUGUUACGAAUUUGCUUAUUCCUGCUGUUCCCUCUUCCUUGUAUUUUUUAAAGUUCAAGUCUUUAAACGCUAUAGUUUCCGAUGAAACAUGCGAAGCUAUGAGCGUUGACAGCCCCGAUAUUGACCCAUGCUUAACGAAUGAUUGUAAUCCAUCAAAAAUGGCAGAAAAUUUCUUACACAAUGAAAAGAUUAUAUCUUCUAAUUGGCAUCGACAACCAUGGAGAAAGGUAUCCGUCCAUUUAGAUGGUGAUGCUCACAAUAGUCUUUUUGUUCGACGGCGAUUUCCUAACGCUUACGGUUGGACAUCCGUUGGGCACCUAAUGGAUAUUUUAUUUCAAAAAAACAAUUUGGAAACAUAUAGCGACAGCAUUCAAUUCGAUGAAUUGACAACAGCUGCCUGGUUACCAGAAAUUUAUGAAGAACAUGAGAUAAUUUAA